AUAGCUGUGUCGAGAAAGAUAGAAAAGAAUCCCAGAAUUCCGUGGUCAGAAGUUCAAUUUAUUCGACGCCAAAUAAAUAAAGGUUGAGCUGUGGCCAGGAGAUCACAAUCAUCAGAGAAAUUAUGGUGUCAAAGAGACGACCAAUUCAUCCCGUUGGACAGACUAUGAACUUCCGGGGGAGUACCGCGGGGGAGGGACGCGGUGAGACCAAAGGGACUCGUCCCACAACAGCUCCCACCUCCAUCCGCGAAGUUCUGACCAUGAUGGUGCUGUAUGUCUGCAAAAAAGCCAUCUUCUACGACACUAACCUGAAAGUAGCCCUCUAUCUGGGCAGUUUGUUCCUGAUCUCACUUAUUGGAGACUUCAUGCCAUAUCCCAGAACCUAUUUUGCCCGGUCAGACAAUCUCUUCAAUCAGUACUUUGUGAAAAUCGGCUGGUUCUGGACACUGAUCCUUACGACUCCCUUCACCCUCAUCACUUCCUUCAUUCUCUGCUGCGGGGAUGUCAAGCGAAUGAUAAAGCACCAUAUCGUCCGGAUUGGGAUAGCCACAGUGUUCUGGUACGUCUGGACAAAGCUCUUUUUCGUCUUUGAAUCCUCCUACGGGAGAUGCACAGACAAACGCUUCGACACAAAGCCUACUUGCCUGAAAGCAGGAUUCCUGUGGAAUGGAUUUGACAUUUCCGGACAUGCCUUCAUCCUCAUCUACUCCAGUCUCGUGCUGAUUGAAGAAGCUCGGCCAAUUGUCAAUUGGGAAUCCAUCAAAGAACACCUACGCAAUGAGGAACACAAUAGAGCCACAAUGGACUCUGCAGCUGCCCGGAAUCCUCUGUCAAAUCUCAAAGAUGAUGAACUAGCCCGACUGAGCUAUCUCUACACACGCUACACUCCCCUAAUCCGACUUCUAUUUGUGGCCAUGACUGUACUCCAGCUGCUCUGGGACGUUAUGCUAGUGUCCACAAUGCUCUACUUCCACAAAAUGAUCGAAAAAGUCCUGGGAGGGAUCUUUGCAAUCCUCACAUGGUUCUUCACAUAUCGUUUCUGGUACACAUCCCCAACCAUUCUCCCAGACUCCGUUGGCAAGGGACUCUUCAACUAUCAAGUGGUGAAAUCCCGACCAGACCCUAUUCCCAUGAGAAGGAAUAACAGUGUAAUCAUCAAUCCCGCCACUGGAAAACCAAUGCCCAGAUUCAUGGGCAUGCCACUGAAUACCGGACGACAGAUGGACGGAGCAGCCACGAGCAAUGGAUUGAAUCCAGAGCCUGGUCCUAAUCGAUUUUGAGCACAAAUUCAUACUCUCGCUGCAUCUCUUCAUAUUUAUUUUCUUUAUUUGCUUGGAAUGUUUUGUGUUUUUUUUUGUUACUGUUUCAUUGUUCUGUACAGAAUUAGGUAAUGUAAAAUGUAAAAGGAAAGAAAUAAAAUUGGAGGCUGAUGGGAAGAAAA